AUGCCUGCCCUUCGACUAUCACCUCACCGUCGUCGCUCUGCGCGACUCCAAGCCUUACAAACACUUUCUCAAAGGAGCAAAAAGACUGUAGAAAAAAUGCAAGGACCCAUCGUUCGCGGAAGAGGUGGCAAGGCUCGAUACACCAGCAUGGGCCCGGGGUCACUCAAAGUAGCCUCUCGCCGCUCUUCAAGGUCCAAACCUGCAUUGGUUGCGUCAGCAUCGUCGGCACCUCCAUCAAGGUCUACGAUGUCCCCUGCUAAUUCCUCACCUGCAAUCAAUGAAGAAAUUGAAAACACGCAGUCGGACGUGAUCACUGAGGAAGAACUUCGAAGCGAGUGCUACAUGGCUAAGUACCAUCUCACUGAACAAGUUAACCAACAUCGGUUCCUGAAAGCUGAGCGUGCAAUUGAUCAUGCUGAAGCUGCUGCCGCACAUAAACGUGCCCCGGAGGCUAAGGAUUCCGAGAUACGCCUUUGUGAAGCAGAGACGAAGGUGCAUAAUGCGUUGGCGCGUGCACAUGCAGAGGAGGCAGUGACAUUACGCCUCAAGAUCGAGUACGCUCGCCUCACUAGUUCUAGCUCUGGGUCUUGA